UGCUAGUUAUAUGCCUGUAGGUUAUCCAGGAGGUCCAAAUUAAGGACAAAGAUCGCGCUGGGUAUACAAACGAUGCUGAGCUGAUCGGUAAUAAGAUUAUGAAGGAAAUGAAGGCAGCCGAUGCGCAUUUUCGUAAAGGCGUUUAAGGGCCUGAGUCUAACGGGCAGCUAUUUGGAUCGUGUAAAGCUGACGAAGCCGGACGAGUUCGAUAAGCAUAUUCUGCUCAAGUUCCCUUUCGUUGUGAAUGCAGUAAAGGACGAGAUACGCCCAGGCUUCGUACAAUUGGCGGUGCAAGCUGCUGUCAGUCAUCCGGCCGUAGUGGAUGGUUACGUCAACCGUCGAGUCCUGCAGGAUUGGCUACGUAAUGCUUUUCAAGCGGCACUAAAAAAUAAUACCAUUACAUUUUUUUCCUUGUAUAAUAUGGAGUAUAAAUCGUAUAAAUUGGAGUAUGUACAGCAAGGAUAUGACUGUGCUCACACUAUAAUCGCCAAGAGUGAGCUUCGAACCAUAGCUUUUGAUUUUGUGCCCGCCUUUGCGUACCAGUACAAGGAUUGGCCCUUGGAAGAGCCGCCAGUUGACAUUGGAGUGCGUGAGAAGUGGCCUUGGUUUGCUGUACCCAAAGGUAGAGCUCCCAGAGAUGAUCGUACUUUCAUGGUAUGUGCACCUCAUUGGGAGCGCAGAAUGAUGUUCCACAAGUACAACCUGAGAAAAUGUGCCUGCGCCUAAUGAAAACUCUACGAGAAUAUCAUCCAGAGGAUAUGCCACGCCUACAGAGCUAUAUGCUCAAAACUGUGCUGUUGCUACAAUUGGACAACUAUAACUGGCAGCAGGAUAUGGGUGACCUUCUAAUUGAAUUGUGGUCUAAGCUAAAGCAGCACUUACAAGAGCGUUCACUGCCGCAUUUCUUGGCGCCCGAUUGCAAUCAGUUUGAGACAUUCUGUGACAAGGACUAUGAGAAAUGCAAGGAGACAGUCGAGCGCAUUGCUGCCCAAUUGGCGGAGUUGAAGUUGCAGAAGCCUACGAAGAAAACCAAAGCUCAAUAUCGUGCUGAUGUUCUUCAAGUAUUUUUUGGUGUUAACUAUG